UUUUUCUUUUCAUUGUUUUCCCUCUUUUGUUGUGUGUGUUGGGGGGUGGGUUGUUUUAUGAAUUCAGGCCAUUCUCUCUGGGGAACCAAGUAUUGUUGAGGCAGCUGCUGCAUUGUUGAAGGCUAUUGUUACCAGGAAUCCCAAGGCCAUGGUACGUCUAUACAGCACCAGUGCAUUUUAUUUUGCACUGGCCUAUCCAGGAUCUAAUCUACUUUCAAUUGGGCAACUCUUUACCGUCACCCUUGUCCCCCAAGGAUUUCAUGGUGGCGAAGAGGCUGCGGUUUCAGCUUCAUUGCCUUUGGCAAAACGCAGUGUUCUUGGUGGACUUCUUCCUGAAUCUUUGUUGUAUGUAUUGAAGCGCAGUGGUCCAGCAGCAUUUGCUGCUGCAAUGGUAUCAGAUUCUGACACUCCUGAGAUAAUAUGGACUCAUAAAAUGAGGGCAGAAAAUUUAAUACGUCAGGUUUUGCAACACCUUGGUGAUUUUCCACAGAAAUUGACACAGUAUUGCCAUGUUUUGUAUGACUAUGCCCCAAUGCCUCCAGUUACAUACCCUGAACUUAGAGAUGAAAUGUGGUGUCAUCAUUAUUACUAGAGGAAUCUGUGUGAUGAAAUCCGCUUUCCAAAUUGGCCUAUUGUUGAGCAGCUUGCAAGAUCCUUGAAAUAUCCUUGGAUGAUGUAUCCAGUGAUGAUGUAAAUAAAAGCACUAUUCGGAGGUAUCAGAUGAAACAUCUAGCUAAUCAAAGCAAAUUGAAAAUAUCAACAAGGAAAAGUUAAAGCGACGAUAUCGAAAACUUGCUAUGAAAUAUCAUCCUGUCAAAAACCCUGAAGGAAGGGAGAAGUUUCUUGCUAUACAGAAGGCUUAUGAAUAAUCUAAUUUGGGGAUCACUGCUAUGCAAAAAAGAAAAAGUGUAUAAAGACAUCUACUAUAGCAUGAACUGUUGGAAAAUUAUUUCUACUUUUGUUAGUUUGUCUUAUACUUUAAAGUUCAAGUCAUAUAUUCAUAUUUAUUUAGCUACCCUUUUGUAUCAAGAAAUGACAUAU